CCUGAAUAUAUGUCAAGCUGGUAUUUAUAUCACACAGAUAUUCAUAAGGUUGUCUUUAAAUGCAGGGUACCUGAUUCAUUAACGCACAUGUUUGAAUGUAAGUUGCAGUGGAGGUAAGGCAAGGAAAGCUUCUUCUGUAUGAAAUAGUUGGUGUAAGGCUCAAUUGGCCUUUAACUUAAUAACAGUAUGUAUUGUUAUUUAACCAUUAGGCUGAAGUUUGGCAAUAUGCUCUGCUCUUGGCCCUUGAGCAAGAAAGAUUACUACCAGGCAGAAGUUGUUUACAGCGUACAAGACCUGGGUGCCGCCAAACACGUGUUAAAUUAAAAGUCCAUCGCAAGCAGAAAAGAUACUCAAUAGACGUGUAGAGCAGGGUUGCAAAAAUCCUCACAUUUCCUCUUUUCCUUUUCAAGGUGGCUAGGGAGUAUUAAUACCACCUAAAUACCUGGGGGUUUCAAACUCGUAACAUCCUGUUGUGCGUGUCUUCCAUUCUUGACGAUCAUUCGCCAGGGAGGAUUCGUCAUCGGGGAGGUCGCAUACGUACCACCUUCGUUUCUACUAUCGACAAGAGCAAGCCUCUUGGACUCGGAGGUAGCGCAGCUACAUCUUCCGACCUUUCACUCUUGACUGGGCCACGGUCGUAUGUCUCCUCGGUCUUGUCUUUUUCCUUUUUUUGGGAGAGAAACUAAUAACGGCCAAGCACCACGCCAGAGAUCUAGGCCAGAGCAUGACUACAACCACGGUGACAGGCACUGGGCGACGAUCCUCCAUACGACAAUCAGAGUGGCAGGUAACAGCAAAGGCAUCUAGCUCGCAAUCGAUGACCGGCCCGGCCGACAAGUUCCCGUCAUUCAAUGGUGAGCCGUACCAUGCAGCCUCAGAACUAGGUGGUGCAUCUUUGAAUUCUGUUAAAUUCCCACCAAACGGCCACUGGGAAGGGAGAAAUGCCGGUGCUUCAUCCUGGGAACAUGCAAAUGGAUCAAUUAGAAAUCCAAAAACCAGAUCGAGGAAAAGCGUCAGCGACGCAUUUAGUACGAUCAGGCGGCGGAAUGCAAGCGUGAGUGCUAAUGCACAUGAGUUGGCACAAGCCCUCAGAGCGCCUCUCUCAUAUCGGCUGAUAGCCCUUUGUGUCGUUUGGUAUACGACCUCUGCGCUCACCAACACAUCGUCGAAAUCUAUCCUAAACGCCCUUCCGCGCCCAGUCACACUCACAAUAGUACAGUUUGCGUUCGUAUCACUGUGGUGUCUGGUCCUAUCCUAUCUUUCAACGGUAUUGCCUUCCUUAAGAAGAAACGUCCCAGCUCUUAAGAAUGGCAUAUUGUAUCCAUCCCGGGAUGUUCUCUUAACUGCCUUGCCACUGGCAAUAUUCCAGUUAGCUGGUCAUAUAUUGAGCUCCAUGGCUACGUCGCAGAUCCCAGUGUCUCUAGUCCACACGAUCAAAGGCCUUUCGCCUCUUUUCACGGUCUUGGCGUACCGAAUCUUUUUCCGCAUACGAUACGCGAGGGCAACAUACCUUUCUUUGAUUCCCCUGACUUUGGGUGUUAUGCUGGCUUGUUCAACCGGAUUUUCUACCGAUUUCUUUGGAAUACUGUGCGCAUUUUGUGCUACCUUGGUCUUUGUAUCACAAAACAUUUUCUCGAAGAGGCUCUUUAACGAAGCAUCACGCGCUGAGACAGAAGGGCCUACUCCUGGUCGACGAAAAUUGGACAAACUCAACCUUCUCUGCUAUUGUUCAGGGUUGGCCUUCAUCCUGACAUUACCAAUCUGGUUUGUCUGUGAAGGUCGGAGUCUAAUUUCAGAUUUCCUGCGCGAUGGUACUGUGUCUCUGUCAGGCAAGACAGGGGCAUUGGAUCACAGUGCUCUUCUCUCGGAGUUUGUAUUCAACGGAUUAUCCCAUUUCGCCCAAAACAUUCUGGCAUUCAUUCUGUUAUCUAUGAUAUCACCUGUUUCUUACUCGGUGGCUUCGCUGGUUAAACGUGUAUUUGUCAUCGCCGUCGCAAUCGUAUGGUUUGGGAGUCCGACGACUUCUAUCCAAGCACUCGGAAUCGCUCUUACUUUUAUUGGUCUCUACCUCUAUGAUCGCAAUAGCCACGAUGAUUUGGCUGAUCGAAGAGCGAAUGCAGACCAUUUCCGAUCGGGAGAAUCAGUUCUUCCUAUGAAUAACAGAACGCCAAACCGGCCAUGGGAUUCAAAUGGCUACGCCUUCCCUCCAGUGAAAAUCAUCGAGGAGCAUGAAUCCGAUGGCUCCAACUCCCUGGCAAAUAAUCAGAAGAAGGAAGACGACGGACUUGGACGGGUCCGACCGAGGGGGAACAGUGUAUCUCGCGCAUGGUUGCCACCUGGUACUAAGCAGGAGUCCACCUGGCAUCAGAGCGAUUCGCGCUCAUCGCCGUAAUGUUCAAUCAUUGUAUAAUAUUGCAGAAUCGCGGCGUUUUAGAAUGAAUCACUUCUCGACGAGUCGCUUAGUCACUGCAUGUCUUGACUAUUUCAAUCAUAUCAAGAAACACAUAAUUGUCCACCUUAUUGAACACACCUUUUUCCCUCAAUAAUAUACUAUGACCCAGGCGCACUGCGGGAAUGCUGCGAUCAUGAAAUUGACAAGGUGCCCCAACGAUCCGUGUCAGCAAUGCUGUAGUCCAAAGCCCCGACAUUCCAAACUAGUUACCAGCACCCAAUAAUGACGGAGCUAAUCCAAACGAUUGGCUGCAUUGAUUAUCUAGACUCAUUGUGUACAGCAUCAGGGAGAGAUAGGAUCAUAUACUAAACGAAUAUUUUCAAUCCUUCUUCAUGACGUUGAAUAUGCUGUUGGCUGGUGGCUACUGGUAUGCCCUCAGCGCUUGCAAGAAAACAUACGGAGACUAAAUUCCUGGAGAAGGUAGGUGAACCUUCAUCUCAUGAGAAUCAAUGUAAUUUUUCUAAGGAACUAGUUGAAAACAGUACCAUUCAUUUAGUUGGAAUAGCUCUGUAUGGCCUGUUUAGGAUAUCGAAUACUACGAGAGCAACUCACAGUGGCCGCAGCUCAAGGAUGAAUGAAAAUAGGAAAAUGUAGCCACCGUCAGUAAAGAACGUAGCCAUCAUCAAGCAACUUGUCACCAGGGACAGCACUCUAGGCAGCUCCAGCUCGGUGCAGUAAAGAGGUCUGCUCUCGGACCGUGUAGCAGAGGAGAAAGGGAUAGGAAGACUUCCCUGUCACCUACAAUAAUCACGCCCUUUGAAUGAGUACGUU